AUGAAAACCGUUGACAUAAAGGAAAAGAUAUUCAAGAAUUUGGAUCAAUUGAGCCGAGAAUUGGACUAUAAUUUAGACCAUUUUGUGGUCUUUUCGUCCAUUUCGUCGGGAAUAGGAAUUGAAGGACAACUGAACUAUACUUACGGUAACUCUAUUUGUGAGCGUAUUUGCGAACAGAGACAGAGGGACGGCCUGUCGGGUCUGGCCAUACAGUUUGGUCCGAUCGGUGACGUCGGGGCGAUGACUGAGUUGACACAAGUGCUCGCAUUCAUGACAACUCAGAAACAACGGAUCCAUUCGUGUUGUGAAGUAUUGAACAAACUAUUGGCCGUUAAAUACCCGGUCGUAGCCGUUAAUGUGAAAGCAGUGGAGACCUCGUUGUUAAAGUUGGACUCUGAGGCCAAAGAGGGCUCAAAAUCAUUCAUCAAUAAGUUGUGGGGAUCUCUGGGUAUCGACCCGUCGGCCACUCCGGCGGACAUCACUUUAGGAGAGAUCGGAAUUGAGUCCAUAUUUGCCUCAGAAUUACAGCAAGAAUUGGCAAAACUCUGUAAUCAAACAACAACGGAUCCAUUCGUGAAAGCAGUGGAGACCUCGUUGUUAAAGUUGGACUCUGAGGCCAAAGAGGGCUCGAAGUCAUUCAUCAAUAAGUUGUGGGAUCUCUGGGUAUCGACCCGUCGGCCACUCCGGCGGACACGACUUUGGGAGAGAUCGGAAUUGAGUCCAUAUUUGCCUCAGAAUUACAGCAAGAAUUGGCAAAACUCUGUAAUCAAACGAUUAAAGUAAAGCUCAUUAAAGACAUGUCUGUCGGACUUCUUCGGGAGUUUGAGUCCGGAGGCGAUGACAACAUUAAAGCCUAUUUUAAUGGCAUAAUUAGGGCUCAAAUAUCACUUUCAAGAUAUAGGUUUGUGAUUCCUGUGGAAACACACGUCAGACUCAAUGGUGUUUCAAAC